AUUCACCAGAGAGGUUUUUUCUCUCUUUUGUCUUCAUUGUUGUCAUCAUGUCGCUUUGAUACCGACGCCCCUUUGUAGUGUUGCUGGAAAGCAGGCGAAGGCAGCAAGGCAUUCAAAGCUGAGGUAGCGACGGCAGUUCGACAGUCUGUCCGGGUGACGUUUGUUGUCGUGCACUAGGAACAGCUCAGUGAAGAGGAUUUACGCGUGCAGACGACUCGUGCUAGUGCGUAGGGAACCACGGUUGCUGGCAAUCGCAUUCUGCAACAGAACAUUUGAACGAUUACAUGUACUAGUACCUGAGCAGCCGUCCCAUCGGAUGUCGAAGAACUAGAUGCUGAAGUGCAGGCCGCAGCCGUCCGCAGCAUCCUGCUGUCGGCAAUGCCUGCCAAGGAACUGGCCGUUCUCACGUUCAUGGUUCAGCACCUGUACCGUGUUUCGCUGAACUCCCAGGAGAACAAGAUGACGUCACGCAACCUGAGCAUCGUGUUUGCACCCAACUUCACACAGCCUCCGCUGGACAACUUCUCGACGUCGCUGACCUCCUCACUCAGCCAAGUGGUUGCUCUGAUGAUCUCGCAGUGCCACCUUGUGUUUGGUACCACCGGCUCUGCUGCAGGGCGCACGGGAACAGGCUCAACGCCAACGAGAGCAGCGCCUUCCGCUGGACUUAGCAGUGCAUCCGCUGCGAGCUUGACCAGCGACAGCGCUGCUCGUGGAGUUCCUCUCCCAGCGUACAAAGUCGUAUCUCUGUCAAACCCAGGCUCUCGGCCACCAUCCGUCACUGAUAGUCAUCCAUCCAUCGCUACAGCUUCAACCAGUGCAGGUUCCUCGCCGAAGCUACCAAGACGGAGUCCGUCGCAGAAAUCCCCGGCACCUUCCGCUUCUGCGAAUCCCCCUAAGGAGUUUGAGAUGUAUGGCAGGACUCCUGUAUGGGGAGCUCGAUAGCGGAGGAGGCAACAUGCGCUGCCGCAGUGCGUGUGUAUGUGUGUGUGUGUGUGUGUGUGUGUGUGUUUGUGAAUGUGUGUGUGUGUGUGUGUG